CCCCCUGUCCCCACGGGCUCCAGCCAUUUCCGGUUCCCCCCGUCCACCCCGUCAGAGGUGCUGUCCCCAGUGGAGGAGUUGAGGUCCCCUGCUCCGUACUCGGUGCUGGGCCGGCGCCUGGCCCGGGGCUCGGUCAGCGACUGCAGUGACGGCACAUCAGUCACCUCGGAGCUGGAGGACGGCCUGCAGGCCGAGGAGCGACGGGGGGCAGCAGCCGCGGCCGCGGCCGCCAUGUCCUCAGCUGCCGGCUCCGAGCUGAACGGCCUGCGCCCGGCCGCAGCCUCAGGCCUGUUCCGCCUCUACCCCCGGCGCCUGCACCCGGACCCCCUCAGCCCCUUCCCGGCCUCCCCCAUGGGGGCGGGUCCGGGCCUGGGGCUGGCACCCACCCUCUCGCCCGCCCUGUCGGUCACCCCCACCCACCUGAGCUACACGCCGUCGCCCAGCCUCAGCCCCAUGUACCCGGGUGGCAGCCAUUUCUCCUUCAACCCGGAGGACAUGAAGCGCUACCUGCAGGCGCACACCCAGAGCGUCUUCAACUACCACCUCAGCCCACGCGCCUUCCUGCACUACCCCAACAUCGUAGUGCCACAACCCCAGAGGCUGGAGGCCAAGCCAGGCGCCGCCGGGACCCACCACCACCCCCACCACCCGCCUCUGGCCCUGCCCUCCUUGGCCCUGCCCACCCUGGGACCAGAGGAGCCGCCCUCCUUCAAGUUCAAGCUGCAGCCCCCGCCCCCGGGCCGCAAGAACCGCAACAAGGCCAGGCCUCAGCUAGGCCCGGAGCCUGAGGAGGCCCCAGGCUGCAGCAGCAGCAGCAGCAGCAGCAGGCCCCUGCCCCAGAUCAAGGUGGAGCCCAUCUCGGAGCCCGAGGAGGAGGAGGAGGAGGAGGAGGAGGACGUGACGGUCGAGGUGACGGACAUCAGCGAGGAGGAGAGCGACGAGGAGGUGUUCAAGACCCCGACGGUGGCCGAGGUGCCCACCGUCGCUGCCCCCGCUCCUGCCCCUCCUCCUCCAGCCCCCGCCCAGGCCCCCGCGCCCCCCCAGCCCGACUCCCGAUGCAUCCCCCUCAAGCUCCGCUUCAAGAGGCGGUGGAGCGAGGACCAGAGGGCCGGGGGGCUUGCCGCCGCCAUCGCCGGGGGCGACCAGAUGGACGACAAGAAGCCGCGGCCCGAGGACCCGGCAGGCUGCCCCGGGGGCACCCGACGGGAGAGCACCGACCUCCAGCAGGCCACUGCCGAGCUCUCCCUGGAGAACAAGGAGGC